AUGUUGCUAUUCACCUUUAUGGUGCAUAUGGAACGGGAAAAAUUGCGACAACCGGAGAAAAAUGAAAAAGAUGACUCGAGUAAAAAUUUUGUGGACGACAUACAGCAAGCAGAUUGGUCGGUAGUUGCCGAUAACGCAGCGGUCACGCUUGUUGAUAAACAGCGCGGUCUUGCUGGUCUUCUUCUGAGUAGGGACCUUGCAUUCAGACAGAUCUUAUCCUGUCCGGACGUCUUGUUGUUCGAUUUUUCACCGACGAAAUUGCAUGUCGGAUUUCGGAAGGUAGAACCGGUGGCACGACGUAUCUAUCCUUCUUUACUUUACAUGAUGGAAGGUGGAUUUGGCUAUCGAAGAGAUCCGAGUUUCAUUCGUGAAUAA